AUGCUUAGACAAGAAUUAUUCCCCUACUUAGAUGACUAGGAUGUUAUUAAAUUACUCUAAACUUCAAAACUUAUUGGAUAAGUUAUAAGUGAGCAUUUUAGCAUUUGGAAGAAUCAUGCCUCUUUGAUAGCGAAUAAGCUUUAAAUAGAUUAUGAUGGCCUUUUACAAUUCAACACGUUUCAAGAUUAUAAGGAAGCUUAAAAACUAUCAAUUGUAAAUAAUACUUAGCAUACCUAUAGAAGAUUUUUUGAAGGUAAAAAUGAAAUCCUAGCUUAUGCUGGAGGAAUGUGGUCUUGGAAAGAUGAUAAAAGGUACUAUGAAAUAGAAGAUAGAACUGAUAGUACUUUUGGCUUGAAGGUGAGCUAUAUGAAUACGGUAUGUUGGCUUGAUCCAUGGGCAGCAGCAUAAAGAGUAAUCCCUGGAAUUUAUGACUUAUUUAUAAUCCAUGGAGUGAAAAAUUCUCAGUCAGACAGAUAAGGAAUAAUGUAGCAGGCCACUCUUUUUGUAGAGAAGGAAGAAAAUGAAACAAAAACUGAAUUAAUUAAAAUAGAGAGAUUUAUCCCAAGAGAAAUUUGUUUAUAAAUGCCAUAGAACAAACUUGUUAGAACUCUGAUAUGCAGAUUGGAUUUAACUUAAAAUUAGAGUGAAUGUACCAUAACAUUAAGGCUCUUUGAUGGUGGUGGAAAUUGGAAAUCAGAUUAUUUAUUUGAAGGCUUUGCACUCGUUUAAGUUAAACCAGAAAAAGUGGCUGACUCAAUACCUAAAUAAAAUGCUUGA